AUGGAGAUCACAUCUGUCUGCCUCACACUGGUGAUGAACGUGGUGAUUCUGCUGGUGGUUCAGGUGCACCGAGGUCAUUCUGCUCAUGAAUGUGCUGGCUCAGUGGUCCUGGAGAGUCCUGUCCUUCCAGUGACGGAGGGAAGUGAUGUCACUCUACGCUGUAAAACCAAGACGACUCCCUCCAACCUGACAGCUGAUUUCUAUAAAAAUGGCUUCCUCUUCGGAAACGGCUCCACAGGAGAGAUGACCAUCCACAGUGUCUCCAAGUCUGAUGAAGGUUUCUACAAGUGCAGCGUCUCUGACUCUGGAAAAUCACCUCAGAGCUGGCUGGCUGUCAGAGCACUUCACACUCCUCCUCCUGACGCCACAUUGAUUGGUGUCACCGUUGUAUUGGCGGUUCUGCUGUUGGCGCUGGGACUGCUUUACUUUUGGAAAUACAGAGGUUGGAGAGUGAGGUGUGCAGUACCUGAGGGGUGGCGACGUACUGGGAUCAGUUUGGACGUCUUGCGUGGUGCAGUUCCACGCUGCUUCGCCUCACAGGCAGGAACACGUGGAUUAGACACAGGUGAAGAGGUUCGAACAGCUGAUCCACUCGAAGCAAUGUACACUGUCGUCACAAAACGUGCAAAGAACACAGGUGCUGGUGAUAAUUUCAGCUUCUCUGACAGAAACCACACGAGAAACCCACAGAUAGAAGAUGAGAAUCGUCCUGUUUACUACGCCUUGAGCCCGGCACAAGCAGGAGCCUCCACCUCCUCAGUAAACAGGAUGACCUCCGCGGCAGCCGGCCCCGUUUUAGCAGAGGAGGAUCACUUGUAUUCAACCAUCUAGCAGGUCGGUGAAGAAAGAGGCAGCUAACUGAAGGAGAGAGGUGUUUUGUUUGUUUCGUGUGCGGAGGAGAGAAUUCAUGAGACCCCAAAGAAAA